CGGCCUCGACCCUUGUCCACUCUCAUACCACACUCAAGCCAUGGCCCUCGACGAGGACGAGUCUGUGCGCAUCGCCGUGCGCGCUCUGGGCGAUAUGAAGAAUGGUGGAUUUGCCUCAACAUCGACGUCGGUCCAGCCUACCCCCGCUCUCUCUGUAACAUCAGGGACAUCCUCUCCGUCCUUGCCUUCUCCUGUCUACGAGGGAGAAGACCGCAUUCUGGGGUCCAUCGCGGCAGACAGUGAAGAUCGCUUGGAGUUGCGCCCAGAUGAUGCCGAUUUCGUCUCGCGCAUGUCCAGCUUGCCCAUCGUGAACACAGCGUUGCGGGCGUAUGAACAGAGUAAGGCGAGCUCCAGGGUGGUGAAGUAUGGCGCGGAGAUGAUGGAAUCCUCCGUCAAGUCUAUCUCCCGCCCUGUGAUUGACCGCCUCCCUGUGGGCCAGAUAGACGACUUCGCGUGCAGGCAGCUUGACAGGCUUGAAAGCUACAGACGACGAACUCCGAGUCGAGAUCGCGACAGCGAUCGAAGUCGUAGAUCGAGCAACUCGUACGAUGACUCGAACACUAGUGGAUCUCCCGAGAGGCGUUCAACGAGAGAUGUUUCGAUUUCGAGAGAGAGGAGCGAAACAAUCGAUAGAUGGGCGGAAGGUACGGUCAUUGCGGACCGUCCAAUCUCGGAAGCUCAUGACAAUUCAGCGGGUCCCUCGUCGUCCCAGACGAUCCCUGGUCGCACUCACAGCCGCACACCAACACCGCACUCGCCUACAUCUACGAGGUCGUCACAUCCAGACGCAGAGGUCGAUUCAUCUAGUUACCAGUAUCAGCGUCAACGUGGAUCAACAUCUACUGCGUCUUCGCCGACUAUCGAAAACCACCAAGUUGCACAACGUAGUCGAUGGCAAGCCAUGUUACUCGAAGCAGGUGGCAUAAGUGCUGCGUUCAGCGAAGACAGCAUGAGGCGAUUGCGAUACUGUCUACAAUGGCUGCAGUACGCUACAGGUCAUAUCGACGCCCAGAUCCUCGUUCUCCGGAACUUCGUUACCUCUCUCCAGACAACAAGCCCUUCGGCGGCGGCCGCUGCAAUAUCCGCUCAGCACCUUCGCACACUCAACGCGGCCAAACGCGACGUCAUUGACACUAUCCGACAAGUGGUAGACAUCGUGAGCAAAUACGCCGGGGGCGCUUUGCCGGAACCAGCCCGCACCCGCGUGCGGACGUUCAUCCUGCGCUUGCCUCGCCGCUGGGCGGAGGCUUCAGGCGCUGAUGCCCACCACCAUGGCCACGGGAGUGACGGUCGACCGAAUGGAGGUGCGGACAGAGUUGACAUGCGGCGCAGUGCAAACGUCGCCCCGUACAGCUACGGCCCCGGCGAAGCAGGGCCAUCACCGCGGUCCCGCCCCCCGUCCCGUGCGACGUCGCCUGGUCAUACUAGAGCGCAUUCGCGACAGGCGAGCGCACAAACGGGCGCCCCAUCGGGUAUGGCCCCCACCACAGUUGACUCCGCAAACCAGGCCGCUCAGCGCAUCAUGACACUCGCGACCGAGAGUUUGGACAUGCUGCGCGGCGUCACUGCCGUGGUUUCUGAAAGCCUUGAAAGAGCUGACGCCUGGGUGGAAAGACUGCGCGUAGUCGGUUUGCAACGUCAAAACGGGGAGGCCGGCCCUGACGCGAGCCUGGAUGCUCUGCCUGACAUCGACGCCGUUCUCGACCCGCAACUGCGAGCCGAGACCUUGCACACUCAUCGACAGCUGUACUCCCAUUCCCCAUCGUCUCCCCUCUCUCCUUACGCCCCGCUAUCUCCCAUGUCAGCGUCUGGACGCUCCACGCCGGCGUACGUACCAUCACGCAACAAUUCAAGCUCAGCUCUCAGCAUGGGGCCACCGGGCUCGCUUUCGAGCUACUACUCAGCGACUUCUCUGGACGCAGGCGGUGCAGCCGCGUCCCUGAACGCUCUGUCUCUGACGUCACAAUCUGCUGCGAGCUCUCGUUACGCUACCCCGAAGCAUUCGCAUUCUGCGUUGCCGUCGGAAGGUGACGGCGAUAGUCCAGUUUACAUGUCGAGGAACAGGGCUGGAAAGCGGCCUGUGGAUAGCAAUGGUGACGACCCAACCGUCGUGGCCGCCACCGCCCUAGCUGGACUCGCUGGCUCAGCGAAGAGGGUCAAACAAGAACCGGGGAAGGACGAAAGAAUGGACGUGGACCCUUAAACCUUGCUGCGCCCCUGCGAUUCAACACUACAAUGAACUGUUGUUUUGAUUCGUGACUGGCGACUCGCACAUACCAACGGCGGCCUGUGCUGUGUGCGGACAUCUCCCUUGCGCUUUCCAAUCAAUGUCAUACGUAUUACUCGUUUCCUUUCUCCUCUUGCUAUCUCCUGUUCCGCUGCUUUGUUUUGAUGCUCGACAUAUCGAGCCCCCCGGACUACUGAACGCAUAUCUAACAUCCCUGUACUCACCUCAGACUGUCCACCUAUCCAUUGCUGCUAUCGAUAUUGUUUCUUGUUAUGAAUCCAGACGCAGCCCACCUCGAGUGAGACUUUGCAAACA